CGGUCGAUAACCGCGUCGCCUUCGAGUAUUUUGGAGAAAGAUUCCGAUAUAACUGUGAAAAGCGUAAAAUUAAGCACCACAGGACAUAGCAAUUCGUGACGAAUCUAAAGUGAAGCGUGUCGCGGGCACUGGGCACACCGUACUCCCCAAAAUGCUGUCACGAGGGAACACUGCACCGAUCUUCUACCGGAUUCUAUCCCGGUUCCCGCCCGGCUUUUCGUUCUGUUUCGCGUACGGCUCGGGGGUGAAGCAACAGCUCGGUUACGACACGAUUCGUUCGAAGCGAAACAUGAUCGAUCUGAUCUACACGGUCGACAAUCCCACCCGGUGGCACACCGCCAACUUGGACCUCAACUUUGAGCACUACUCCGGUAUGCGGUUACUGGGUGGCAACGUGGUUGCCCGCUUCCAAGAGCACCUGGGCGCGCGAGUUUACUUCAAUACGCUGGUGCACCUCCCGGAGGAGGACGUCAUCAUCAAGUACGGUGUUGUAUCGACGAAGGACCUGCUAGAAGAUUUGAUCGAGUGGCGCUGCCUCUAUCUUGCCGGUCGGUUGCACAAACCAGUCGAAAUCAUACGCAAUGCUUCCAGUUCCAAGAUACAGAACGCGAUGGAGCAGAAUUUGCGAUCGGCCCUUCACGCCGCCUUGCUUAUGCUUCCCGAAAAGUUCACCGAGUUCGAGCUGUACCGAGCGAUCUCGAACCUAAGUUACGCCGGAGACUUCCGUAUGAUCUUUGGCGAGAACAAAAACAAAGUGAACAACAUUGUGCGGCCACAGAUCGAGAACUUCCGCAACCUGUACGCGAGUUUGAUCGCUGAGCAGCGCCACUGUCUGCAGUUACCGAUGAAUGGCAGCGAUAAUCAAAUCUGCACACAGGAUGUCUCGGAAUCGGCCAUUCUAGCACACCUGAACGGGCUACCGCGGUGGCCAAUCCGGCGUAUUGUCGAACGGCAAACCAGUGGACGGUAUCGGCAGGAUACCGAGGAUAUCUUGAUAGGCGUGUCCCGCUCCUCGAACUACCGUGCCAUCGUUGCGCGCUGUUUACGCUCGAUCGUGUGGUCCAGCAGUGUGUGGCAGUCGAUCAAGAAUAUUCCCACGGCCGGUGCGAGCAAAGCGGUUCGAUACAGCUGGGCAAAGGCACUGAAAACGUUCAGCUAAAAGGAAGUGGAAGCGAUCAUGCUUCUCGAAUGCCCUAGUCGAAUGAAAGGAAAGCUCAAUA